CCAAUAUUAUAUUCAUACACCCAACAACGACCAACAAUAAAUCAUCUCUAUUUGCAUACACAUACAUAUCCAUGGAGGUUUUCUUAAACUAGGUUCCUGGCCGCCCUUUUAAGAGCGAAAUCUUAUUAGAAACUUUUGGGGCUUUUUGCUCUUCCUCGCUCAUACCGCAAAUGGCAACCAUGAACCCCUUUGAUUUGUUGGGUGAUGUUGAUGACGAGGAUCCUUCGCAGCUGAUCGCGGCUCAGCAAAAGGCCACGGCAACGAAGAAGCUGCCCAAUCAGACUCAGGCCAAGCAGCCUCCCGCCGCCGCUGCGACUAAGCCGUCUAAGCUACCUUCCAAGCCUCUCCCUCCUGCUCAGGCUGUGAGGGAGGCAAAGAAUGAACCUAACCGAGGUGGUCGUGGAGGUGGACGGGGAUAUGGACGUGGUAGAGGUGGCACUGGUGGUUACAGACGUGACUCUGUCAAUGAUGAGAACUCUUUCAGCAAUACUGGAGUUCCUGCUGGUCAAGGUGCUCCUGAAGAUGGGGAGGCUGGAAAGCUCUCUGAAAGGCGUGGCUACGGUGGACCUCGUGGUGGAUAUCAUGGUGGACGACGUGGUGGCCUGGGUAACGGAGAACUCAGUGAUGGUGAAAGGCCCAGGAGGAUGUAUGAACGCCGUAGUGGGACUGGACGGGGCAAUGAAAUCAAACGGGAAGGGUCUGGCAGAGGUAACUGGGGAACUCAGACGGAUGAUAUUGCUCAGGUGACUGAGGAAUUGGUCCAAGAAAAUGAUAAGAAUUUGAGUCAUGAGAAGCCCCCGGGUGAGGAGGAUUUGGCGGAUGGAAAUAAGGAAAGCCCUGCAAAUGAACCUGAAGAAAAAGAACCUGAGGACAAGGAAAUGACUCUUGAAGAGUAUGAGAAGGUGCUGGAAGAGAAGAGGAAGGCUCUGCAGGCAGUUAAGGCCGAGGAAAGGAAGGUGGACGUUAAAGAGUUUGAGUCUAUGCAGCAGCUUUCAAACAAAAAGGGCCAGAAUCAUGUUUUCAUAAAACUGGGCUCUGAGAAGGAUAAGCGGAAAGAGGCUUCAGAGAAGGAAGAGAAAGCCAAAAAGUCUGUCAGCAUCAAUGAGUUCCUGAAGCCAGCUGAAGGAGAAAGGUUCUACAAUCCUGGUGGUCGCGGACGCGGACGUGGGCGUGGUUCAAGGGGGGGAUUUAUGAGAGACAAUGCUGGAAACAAUGUGUUGGCUCCAUCCAUUGAAGAUCCUGGACAGUUUCCUACUUUAGGCGGCAAGUGAGAUUCUCUAGAACCCCGCUUUAAGGUCAUGCUGGUUUUUUAUUUUCUGGGUUUCUUUAAUCUUGGGCAGGAAAUUGACUAGAAUAAUGUGGUUUCUUGUUGAAUGAAGCUCUUUAAUUUUAGGUUUUAAAAUGUAUAUUUUCAGCUUUUUCUUCUCAUGUUUCGCUUGUAGUCUUUAAUUUUUAUGCUAUGAUUUUCUAUCUUGAGAAUUUGGAUCCUAUUUAUUUAUGACUAGAAAUUGUUGGUCAGUUUUGUUGGAAUAGAAACAAGACUAUUUCCUUAUUUUCUUCCUCCAGAAAGGGGGGAAAGAGACUCUGUACAUCUUUGUUCCUUUUAUUUAUCAUGGAACUACUAAUUGAAGGAA